CAAGUUAAUUUUUUAAUUGUGUGCCAUGGGAUAAGGAACAAAUUGUGCCACUUGAGAGACAUCAUCACCACACCGCGCUGGCCCGCCAAAGUCACCACCAACCCGCAAACGAUGACAUGAUCUCCACGAUAGUCUCCUUCACAUCAUCAGCUGCCUCGACGUACAACUCCAAUCUACCAGAUCCGAACGAGACCACCUUCAGCUACCUCUACACUCUGUCCUCGGACUUUCCCAAUGCCACCAACAUCUCAAACUACUCUGACCCCAGUCACGUGACCCCUGUCUUCCCAACCUACAUCAGGACGACGUCCAUGGUGUUUUGUAUCCUGAUCAUGUGCUUGGGCGUGAUCGGGAACGUGAUGGUACCGAUAGUGAUCUUCAAGACCAAGGACAUGCGGAACAGUACGAACAUCUUCUUGGUGAACCUUAGUGUGGCUGAUUUGAUGGUGUUGUUGGUGUGCACUCCGACUGUGCUGGUAGAGGUGAACUCGAGGCCUGAGACGUGGGUACUUGGAAGAGAAAUGUUAGACGUAUUCUGA